CGGCGGAGCGCCGGGUGUAGGGCAGGCCCGAGCAGGGCUAGGCCUAGGGCCUGAGGGGCGUCGGCGGCGGCGGCCGGCUCGGGUCCUGGUCCGAGUGCGCGGAGGGCGCGACGAUGCUGCAGCUGCGAGACUCGGUGGACUCGGCGGGCACGAGCCCCACGGCGCUGCUGGCGGCUGGCGAGGAGGUCGGGACCGGCGGCAGCGCGGGCGGCGUGCGGCCCGGCACGCCGCUGCGACAGACGCUGUGGCCGCUCAACAUCCACGACCCCACGCGCCGCGCCCGCGUCAAGGAAUACUUCGUGUUCCGGCCCGGCACCAUCGAGCAGGCGGUGGACGAGAUCCGCGUCGUGGUCCGGCCCGUGGAGGACGGCGACAUCCAGGGGGUGUGGCUGCUGACCGAGGUUGAUCACUGGAACAACGAGAAGGAGCGCCUGGUGCUCAUCACCGACCAGUCGCUGCUCAUCUGCAAGUACGACUUCAUCAGCCUGCAGUGCCAGCAGGUGGUCCGUGUCGCCCUCAGCGCCGUGGACACUAUCUCCUGUGGCGAGUUCCAGUUCCCCCCAAAAUCGCUCAACAAGCGAGAAGGCGUGGGGAUUCGAAUCCAGUGGGACAAGCAGAGCCGUGCCUCCUUCAUAGACAGGUGGAACCCCUGGUCCACCAGCGUGCCCUACACCACGUUCGUCGAACAUCCGAUGGCCGGUGCAGACGAGAAGACAGCCUCUCUGUGCCAAUUGGAGAGCUUCAAAUCUCUGCUGAUCCAGGCUGUCAAAAAAGCCCAAAAAGAGAGUCCUUUGCUGGGACAAGCCAACACUGUGCUGGUCCUGGAGCAGCCCCUCCUCAUUGAGACCUACGUGGGGCUGAUGUCCUUCAUCAACAACGAGGCCAAGCUGGGUUAUUCCAUGACCAGAGGCAAGAUAGGCUUCUAGAGGCUGCACUCGGGAGCCUCCGGAGAGGGCCGGGCGGCAGUGGGCUCGGGCUGCCGCCUGCGGACCAGCUCCUGCCCACGCCAGGGUCAGGGCCGUUGCCCUCUCGAGGUCUGCGCGCGACUGGAACACAGCCUGGUGACGUGUGUACUUCGGCGGGUGUGCACACUUGGUCCUGAGCCACAGGCAGACAUGAAAUGACCUGGCUGCCCCUGUGGCGGCUGCCCUUCUGCCUCUGGAACGUCAGCUGUCAUCUUUCUCCUGCAGCGUCUCCUUUGGGUGUCUCUCCUCUCCCCCCUCCCCUCGCAUGUUAAUAAACCUCGUGUGAUUGCGGUAGAGUGUCCCUACUGGCCCUGAGCCUGCGGUCGUCACCCGGGAGGGGCCCCGCCCCAGUCCCCACAGUCACAAAUGGGUUCACCCCUGGGGUCGAGCAUUGUACUUGGAAAUGUAAUCCCGUUUCGAAACACAAAAGCAGCCAGCAGCCUCGCCAGCUCCUGAAUGAACAGUCGCUCUUGUGUGAGUGAGUGCUGAUCUGAAGUCCCACUUUUCCCCAAGUUAAGCCUAUGUUAACGCUUUCGGCACCUUUCCCGGGCCCGAAAGGUUCGGAGAAGAUCGUUUUAAGACCAUUCACUGAUUUGGGAAAGUCACCUUCAUAGCUCUUGGCCCACAUGAGCUCGGACGGCUGACAUUCUAAGUCCGAAUGGUGGUUGGCAUUGAAGGAACUGCCUCAGUACGUCAAGGAUGCGCGCCUUGAACAAAGGACUGUUAGUUCUCACAAAGCAGCUCCUGCCCUCACCACGCCUGGCCCCAUGCCCAGGGAGCACGUCCCCGUGGGGACCGCAGGCUGCCGCCCCUGCAUUGGCCACUGUCUGCUGCCUGGGUGGGACUCUGUCGGUCGGCCUCCAGGGCUGGCUCGCGACCCUCCCCCACCCCCCGCCUGGCGCAGCUGUGACU